AUGCGAAUCCUCUCGAAAAAGUAUUUAAGAGUGCUUCUUUAUCUUGCUUUGGCGAUAUCGGGAUUGUUCUGGUAUCGCCGGCUAACAAUGUAUGCGCACCCUGUUGACGAUGCAAAAGAUCAAGAUACGAAGAAGCAGCUCGCAAAAACCUGGCUGCAGACCAAUAACCUUGAGCAUUGGAGUGGAUCCAAGAUUUUCGUGGUCAACGUCGGUAGAAAGAAGUGUUACCAUGUAGGAAAAUUACUGGAGCGAUGCUUUAUUGAAUACGAGAUGGCUCCACACACAGCGAAGCAUGCUGAAAGAAAACUUAUCUCAAAGGACUUAAGAGGAUCCUAUGGUUUCAAUUGGUUUGGUGUCUCUGAGUAUGUUUUUUAUGAUACCCUGAGUAUAGAAUCACUUUCGUCUACGGAUGAGGAGGUAUACUCUCAACUUGUUGCAGUCCAUUCGAUAUCAAACAAAAAGACAUUGAACGCUUUUGAAUGGAUUGACAAUGUAUUUGUGGAAGCAGUAAGAAUAUUACCAAAUUUGAGCAUAGAUAAUUACAUAAUAAGCAAUUUGGAUAUACUCUUCGGGGAAGAUUGCGUGGAUCCAAGGCCUGGUUGGCAACUGAAUAAAUCUUGGAGUUUUUCUAAAGGCAGGUUUCCCAGUUUCUUGAGCUAUAAGUACCUGGAUCACACUGAAAAGGAGGAUUAUACUAAACAAUUGCAGAUUCGAAGAGAUGGCAAACUGAAGAUUGUUCAGCUAGCAGACUUGCACUUCAGCGUAGGAAAAGGCGAAUGUGAAGACGAAUUCCCCGCAAGCGAUAAUUGCGAGGCAGAUCCCAAAACACUAAGGUUCAUCGAAGGUAUACUGGACAUCGAAGAACCGGAUCUUGUCGUCUUCACUGGAGAUCAAAUCAUGGGACAAAGAUGUGUGCAGGAUUCUACAUCUGCUCUUUUAAAAGUCCUGGCACCGGUGAUCGAACGCAAAAUACCGUGGGCCUUGAUAUGGGGAAAUCAUGACCAUGAAGGGAGUUUGGAUAGAUGGAAGCUCUCAGAAUUUACGGCUGCCUUACCGUAUUCUUUAUUUUCUAUGAGCGCCAGGGAUACUAAUGAUAAUUCUUUUGGAGUUGGCAACUAUAUUCUUCAGCUGCAAGGUUCAACUGAAGAAAAAGCCACUAUUACGUUAUAUUUCUUUGAUUCCCAUAGCUACUCACGUUCAGGUAAAAUAUAUCCUGGUUACGAUUGGAUAAAGGAAGCUCAAUGGGAAUAUAUGAGGGAGAGAUAUGACAACGAAUACUCUAAACAUAUAGCUAAAGAUGCACAUUUAUCUAUGGCAUUUUUUCAUAUACCAAUACCGGAAUACCUAAGUUUUCAAUCCAAAAAGAACCCGAAUGAGCAAAAUCCUAAAGUCGGAACCUUUAAGGAGGGAGUUACUGCUCCAAAAUACAACUCCGGCGGGAUUUUUACGCUAGACUAUCUCGGUGUCGAUGCCACUAGUUGCGGCCAUGAUCAUUGCAACGAUUACUGCAUACUAGAUGAUUCCUCUUCGCGAAAAAUUUGGCUUUGUUUUGGAGGUGGCUCUGGAGAAGGAGGUUAUGCAGGAUAUGGUGGCACUGAAAGACGUAUUCGGAUCUAUGAAUUCGAUACUAAAGAAAGAGCUAUUUAUACAUGGAAACGAUUGAAUGGCUCUCUCAAGGAAAAAUUCGAUUAUCAACCUAUAGUGUCUGGCGGAGUUCCAAAUUUUGAAUAA